AUGCGACUACUCAACACGGCCACGCUACAGCUCAGCGAAUUCUAUGACGGACAAGUGCCGCGCUAUGCCAUCCUAUCGCACACGUGGGCCGACGACGAAGUCCUCUUCGACGACAUCGAGGGAGGCCCGUCGCCGAAGGCUGGCUGGGCCAAGGUGCAGAGCGCCUGCCGCCUGGCCCGCGGCCAGGACCACGCCUGGAUGUGGAUCGACACGUGCUGCAUCGACAAGUCCAGCAGCAGCGAGCUCUCCGAGGCCAUCAACUCCAUGUUCAGGUGGUACCGCGACGCCGACGUCUGCUUCGCCUACCUCGCCGACGCUCCCUGCGCCGGACCCGGCACCCCCGAGUGCGCCGCCGCACUGGCCGGCAGCCGCUGGUUCACCCGCGGCUGGACCCUGCAGGAGCUGUUGGCCCCGGCCGCCCUGGACUUUUACUCGUCCGACUGGCGCCGCAUCGGCUCGCGGCCCAUCCUCGCCCGCGUCAUCGGGUCCGUCACCGGCAUCGACCCCGCCUACCUCGACGGCGAUGGGGGCGCCCUGCGCCUGGCGCAGGCGAGCGUGGCCGAGCGCAUGAGCUGGGCCUCCCGCAGGCAGACGACGCGCGCCGAGGACCUCGCAUACUGCCUCCUCGGCAUCUUCGACGUCAACAUGCCCCUCAUCUACGGCGAGGGCCCCAAGGCCUUCCGCCGCCUUCAGGAGGCCGUCAUCCGGGACACUGACGACCAGUCCAUUUUCGCGUGGGGCGACGUCAUCGUCGAGGGGGGCGACGCCGCCGCCGCCGCUGCCCUGUCGGACCGGCGUCCGCGCCCGCUGCUCGCCGAAAGCCCCGCGGGCUUCAGGAACUCGGGCGACGUCGUCCCCGUCUGGAACCCCGCCGCCGCCGCCGCCCGCGUGCGGAUCGAGCAUAGCGGCGUCACCGUCAUCACGCCGCUCCUGCGGGAGACGCCGUCCAAGUGGGUGGUGCGGGGCCGCCCCGCCGUCUUCCUGGCGCCCCUACUCUGCCGCCGGCGGGGCGACCCGUUCAACACCCUCGCGCUGUGCCUCCGCAGCGCGACGCCCUCGGACCGGGCGUCGGACGCCGCAUCGUCGUCGUACUACAGGGUCUCGGACGCCCUGCUGACCUACGCGAAGACGGCAUGGACGGGCGAGAAGCUGCGCUCUGCGUUCGUCUACUUUGACGCCGCGCGCGUGCGG